AUGGCGGCCUCCUCCUCCUGCCCCUCUGCCCUGGCCAUCUCCACCACCUCCCGGGUUGCUGGCCUUCCCCUGCUGCUGGCGCUGAGGCGGACGCCGGCGCCGGCAGGCACGCGCGCUGCUGCCCUUGCCGCCGGCCAUGGAGUCACCUGCUCCUGGAGUCCUCUUCGGCCGGACCUCGCCGUGGCCCCUCGCCCCGGUGCGCGGGCCAGGGCGCCUCUGCUCCGGCCUCGCGCAUGGUUGACGACGCCCCAGAUCGCCAGCACAGCAUUCACCGUGGGCACGGUCGCCGUCCUGCCUUUCUACACGCUCAUGAUCGCUGCUCCCAACGCCGACAUCACUAAGCGAACCGUGGAGAGCACCGCCCCCUACGUGGCUCUCGGCCUCCUCUACGCCUACCUGCUCUACCUCUCCUGGACGCCCGACACCAUCCGCGCCAUGUUCGCCAGCAAGUACUGGCUCCCGGAGUUACCGGGAAUUGUGAGGAUGUUCGCGAGCGAGAUGACCGUCGCCUCCGCCUGGAUCCACCUCCUAGCUGUCGACCUCUUCGCCGCCAGGCAGGUGUACCAUGAUGGCAUCAAGAAUAACAUCGAGACCAGACAUUCCAUCUCGCUGUGCCUGCUCUUCUGCCCCGUCGGGAUCGCGGCUCACGCCCUCACUAAGGUACUCGCGGGCUCGGUGGGUCGCUCACAUUGACGAUUGACGGUUGUGUGUAGGGUCCCGUUGUUUAGAUGGUGGAUAUAUUGUGUAUGGUUCAGUAAGGUAUGAAUAAAAUUGAUUUGAUGCACCA